UAAUUUGUAAAAAAAAAUUUAGUUUGUAUUGUGUUGUAUUUGCAYUGUUACUUUGAUAUCGUUGGUUGCUAACACCAAGUGUCUAAUUUCGCAUACACAUAUUAGAAUUCAGAAAAACUCAGGAAAUCUAUUCAUUAUCCUGCCAGCAUACCAAAUCAAUCAAUUAAAAUGGGUGAUAGCAAGAUCUGUGACAUCAGCGACGACGUACGUGACGCAUUAAAGAAGUUUCGCUUCCGCAAAAGUACAACAAACUCAGCACUGAUAUUAAAAGUCGAUCGUGAAAAGCAACUCGUCAUUUUGGACGAACUCUUGGAGGAUAUCUCCGUUGAUGAAUUACAAGAAACACUGCCAGGGCAUCAGCCUCGAUAUAUCAUUUAUACGUAUAAAAUGAUACACGAUGACCAAAGAAUUUCAUACCCAAUGUGUUUCAUAUUUUACACACCACGCGAUAGCCAGAUUGAGCUGCAAAUGAUGUAUGCUUGCACCAAAAGUGCACUCCAACGUGAGGUGGACUUAACUCGUGUCUACGAAAUACGCGAAUUAGAUGAACUCACUGAAGAAUGGCUCAGGGAAAAACUCAAGUAAAGCAGGCUGCGGGGUUUAUAAAUAUACAAAAUGAUAAGCAAUAUUGUGUAUAUGUUCGUUGGUGUACAUAAUGUGCAUGGACUUACCAAAAUACCAACGAUUUUUCACCAAAUACAUACAUACAUACAUAUAUCUAAUGAUGCAAAGGAUAUGCAGCAAGCAUAAAGAUAACACGCCCAAAAGUAAAUACUUUAAAGUGCAGGUAUUUUUUUCAAUAUUCCUAUCAUAGAGAGACAAAAACGCCAAAUACUUAAAAAUAUUCCAAACUAAAUGUAAAAUGUAAAUUAGAUAUUACAUUCCAAGAUUUUUUAUAAUACAUAGUACAUAUAUACAUAUGUACAUAGUAUAUUAGUUGUAGCAACAUAUUUUCAGUAGCGUUCGCGUAGUGUCGGUAGUGAAUACGAAAUGAAAUACAAAUACACCAUAUGUUUUAUACAUAUUCAUAAUAUGA